GUUCCAGUAGCUUCAUUUCCCUUGACUAUCCUGCCCAUAACCUCACCUGUGUUAGGGAGGGAGUUCCACCCCUUAAACCUUCCCCUUCUUUGCAGGUGCAAUGUGUCACCAAUUAGCAAAGGCUUUAAAUGUCAGAGCAGGAAGGCAGUUCUUAGUUGCUCUGACUGCAGGUUUUGUAGAUGGAGACACUCCUGGAAGAACUCAAUUCUGCUUCCAAGCUCCUAAUUGACUUCAAGGAGAUGUAUGAAUAUGAGAACCGCCUAAAAACCUUCACCAAGUGGCCCUUCCAGGAGAACUGCAAGUGCACUCCGGAGAAUAUGGCAAAGGCUGGCUUCAUCCACUGUCCAAGUGCAAAUGAACCCGAUGUGGCAAAAUGUUUCUUCUGCUUGUUAGAGCUGGAGGGCUGGGAAGCGAAYGAUGAUCCAUGGGAGGAGCACACCAAACGUCACACCUGUGGAUUUUUAUCCCUUCCUAAGCCCUUUGAUGAUCUGACAAUGGAGGAGUACUACAUGCUGGAGAUGACACGGCUGAGAACCUUCAUUUGCAAAAUUGGCAGGCGCACAAUAAACUCUUUUGAAGAAGAGGUGACUGCAACAAGGCAGAGGCUCGUGGAUUAUUUUGCCUUCAGACCCCAGAUGUCAGCASAGCUGCCUGUUGGGGAUGAGCCAGCAGCCCAGCAGCCAGGAGGCUCCACUGCCAGGCAAAACAGGCCCAGGACAAGUGAACUGUGAAGUCUGCCUCUAAAAGUGUCUCUUAAUUUGGUACAAACAUUCCUCUCUUUACCUGAGUGUGAAUGGAAAGCUAAAGAGGUGUGUGAGGAAGUGUGUGUAGAGAAUUGCUCUCAGCCUCUCUGGAUCAGAGGAGUGAGUAURGACAGUGAUGGCCUGUCUUUCACAGUGUGCUUUCUGGGCAUGGCUAGGUGGGGAAACUAAGAGUAGUCCCCCUACCCUGCAAGAGUAUGAAAAAUGUCUAAGCAAAUACUUUUAUUCUGUUUUUUAGCAAGUUGCCUUUUUUUGGAAUAAAGAUUCACUACUGUAAGUA